AUGAACAUUUUUGCCAACGACGAUCGAGCAAAGUUCCGGCACACGACGACCGGCAGACUGCAGCACCUGCGAGGAGGAUCGGUCACGGACACGACGACAGGUGGCAUUUCGGACGGCGACAUCCUAGAGCGCGCGUUCAUGGAGACGGACGAGAGUGACAUGCCCACGAAUCGGCUGUACCGGGCGAUGGUCGAGUAUCUGACGGAGAUGAAGACGCGUGAGCACUCGCACCCGGCAGUGUCGCUGUCGGGGGGAGUGGACUCGAUGCUGAGUGACAAGCACGGAGGGUUCAAGAUCGUGGCAGUGCAUCUUGACUACGGCAACCGCGCCGAGAGCGGAGCCGAGUGUGAAUACAAUCGUGGAGGCACUGGUCGUGUGCAGGACCAGCGUGGCGGCGUUGGCCGCAGUCGAUACUGA